AUGCAGUCGCAGGGAGGCGCUGCUUUCGCCUGGGGCAGUCAGGCACAAGCCUAUUCGCCUUUGCCGCUCCGGGCUGCGACAUUGCAGCUGAGCAGCCAGGAUGAGGACUUGUCGCCACGUUCACCCAGGACGCCUCGGUCCAUCCCAUCACAGGGAGGUGCGCGGCUAGCUUGUUCGUCGCCAGUGAGUGGCUCCGUCUUGCCUCUAGCAGACGAGGAUGAGGCCUGCUGCGACUUGAGUCGCUUCGCAGCUCCGAUUGGCAUGGCUGUGCCGCUGCUGCUCUAUGUCGCCUUGUGGAUCGUCUACUGGACCAGUGACAAUGAUGCGGUGCGGCCAACUCUUCUGCGUGUGCUUCUGUGCUGCACGGCCGUGAUUGUGGCUGUGAGCAUUUUCGUUUUCUCCGCCAAGGCCAUCAUGGGCUCUAGGGUUGCGAAUGGAUUGAAAGCUCUGAGUGAUCUGGUACUGAAAAUGGAGUCGAGAGUGGAUUCAGUGUAUGUGGAUAUCCACGAAGGAAUCAUCUGCAUAGACGGCCUCGAGCUGAAGAAUCCUCAGAACCGCGAGUGGCGAUCUCCUUAUCUGCUCACUGCGAAGCGGAUUCGAUGUCACGUUCUCUUCCGCGACUUCGCAAAGUCCAAGUUCCGACACCUCACGGUGCAGGAGCUCAACAUCUCUGGUGUGGAGCUCAUGUACGAGAAGACAUUUGACUCCUCGAAUGUCAAUGAUGUUCUGAACAAGAUUGCGGAGGUCAAGGACAAUCUCAAGCCUGAAAAGGACACUCCACCAAAGCUGACGUUUCGACGCGUCGUGGUUGAGGACAUUGCCGUACGGCUGCAGGGGCUCGUUGCGGCCAUGGCCAACAUUACCACAGCUGAUCUGCGGUAUGAGGACUUCUCUGAGGAGGUGGGACCGGUUGGCCCGGAAUUCCUGAUAGUUCUUUUGCUCAAGACCGUCCUGAAGUCGGCGCUGAGCAACCUGCUGGGCCUCAACGCUUUUCGGAACUUGUUUGGGUACGGCUUCCACGACGACGCCUGA